CAACUGGUUUUAUUUUCCCGUUGAGCAGCAGAAAGUGGCAGUUUGCGAUGUCCAAAAUAAACCUUUUCAGAUCGUUCGUCAUCGAGCGACUAACGGCAGCAGCCGAGGAGAUAUUAGGAGCCUUCGAGAGGACGAUGGAGGAGCAGGAGGAGGAGAUAGCUCGACAGAGGAGACUGCUGGAUACUGUCCUGAAGCCCAGCGUUACCUUACACAGAAUAGACUUUGUGCAGUUAUCUGAUCAGCAGCAUUGUGAGCAGGAGAGGAGCCCCAGUCUGGUCAAGGAAGAACAACAGGAACUCUGGAUCAGUCCACAGGAAGACCAAGUUCAAUUGAAGGAGGUAGCUGAUAGGACCACCCCUGAGUCCAAAUUUACCCCUCUUUGUGAUGGAAAUGAUGAUAGUAAAGAUCAGCCUCUGCCCUUGCAACUCUACCAAACACAGACAGAGGGAGACACAGAGCCUCCUGCUGUCAUCUCAUUUGAACUGACACAACCGGAUGCCAAAGAAGACAACUUUUUAAUAUCAGAACCAACAAGUGACCACCAUACCCUCUCUAACUGCCGUCAUGUAACUAAGAGUGAAGCUGACCGUAGUGGGAGUAGCCAAAACUGUGAGGAAGUGGGUUCAACUCGUAAAGCAAGGCUAAAAUCUCACAAAAAGCCCUACAACAGAUGCAAGAUUUGUGGGAAAGUGCUUUAUAAUUCAGAAAUUUUCAAAAUUCACAUGACAUUUCACACAAAGGAAAGGCCUUACAAAUGCACCACUUGUGGGAACGAUUUUACCUGUAAGUCUGACAUGGAGAGGCAUACAAGGGCUCAUACAGGGGAGAAGCCAUUCAUAUGCACCACGUGCGGGAAAAUGUUUACGCGGAAGUCAAGUUUACAAACGCACAUAAGGACUCAUACAGGGGAGAAGCCAUUCAUAUGCACCACGUGCGGGAAAAUGUUUACCCAGAAGUCAAAUUUUCAAACGCACGUAAGGACUCAUACAGGGGAGAAGGCAUUCCGAUGCACCACAUGCGGGAAAAUGUUUACCCGGAAGUCAAGUUUACAAACGCAUGUAAGGACUCAUACAGGGGAGAAGCCAUUCAGAUGCACCACAUGCGGGAAAAUGUUUGCCCAGAAGUCAAAUUUUAAAUCGCACGUAAGGACUCAUACAGGGGAGAGGCCAUUCAGAUGCACCACAUGCGGGAAAAUGUUUGCCCAAAAGUUAAGUUUUCAAUCGCACGUAAGGACUCAUACAGGGGAGAGGCCAUUCACAUGCACCACGUGCGGGAAAAUGUUUACCAACAAGUCAAAUUUUAAAAGGCACGUAAGGACUCAUACGGGGGAGAAGCCAGGUGCUGCCACUGUGGAAAAGGGUUCAGCUCAAAAUGGUGUCUCAAACAACAUGUCAUGA